AAAAAUGGAGCCAAAAAGACAGAAACAUCACACAGACAUGAACACACUUGAAGAGGUCCCAUGCACCACAAGCAAUCUCUUUUGUCGUCAUGUUCUUUUGCUGAAUGAUUAGAGGCACCGCUGCCAUCGAACACACCACGAGAUCUGCCUCUAGACCAAGUGGAGUACACAGCUUCCACUAGUUUCCUUCUCUUCUCCUGGAUUUUUCUCUCUCUCUCUCUCUAGAUCUGCACCCCUUCCGUUGCUCCACUUCUUCUUCUAUCUUUCUCUCACGCGCUCGCCCGCUCAGGUGGCCGAGGAAGCUCGGAGACCGGAGACCGCCAUCAUCUCCUUCGAUGCUCCAUCAAAGCAGAUUUGAGCUUCUGUUCUCCCAUGACGAGCGCUGUGAGAUCGUAGAGAAGGAACACCAGAACUGGCAACUCCACUGGGCUCAUAUGAGAGAUUGAUCACCGUUUAGGCCUUGAUAGAUGCAGGCAUGGCCGGAUUCCUCCACCCUUUCUUCCAUCUCCUGAGCACUCUUCUUCUGCUAGCUUCUCUGCGAAUCUCGAACUCCCAAGAUGAGCAAGCCCAGGCGCUGCUGCAUUUGAAGAGCACCCUAAUUGACCCUGCAAAUUUUCUCGAGACAUGGAAGGAAUCCAGUUCUCCAUGCAGGUUUCUUGGUGUCACUUGUGACUCCACCUCUGGUGAGGUCACUGGGAUCUCACUGCCAAGAAGUAAUCUCUCUGGUGAGAUCUCACCAUCGAUCGCCCUCCUCAGCAGCCUCACCACUCUUCUCCUGCAAGAGAAUUCCAUGUCGGGGACUGUUCCUGCGGAGCUGGCAAACUGCAUGAAUCUCCAGGUCCUCAACCUGUCUUCCAAUAGCUUGACGGGCCAAUUACCAGAUCUCUCAGGCUUAAAGAACCUCAAAGUCCUUGAUGUCUCGAGCAACAAGCUUUCCGGUAGCUUUCCACCAUGGAUCGGGAACUUGUCAGGCCUGGUUGAGCUCGGCCUGGCCGAGAACGACUUCGACGAGGGGGAGAUUCCGCCAGGAAUCGGGAACCUGAAGAACUUGACCUGGCUUUACAUGGCGAACUGUAAUCUAAGCGGAGAGAUCCCGGACUCGGUAUCCGAAUUGUCCUCACUUGGCACACUCGAUUUCUCUCAGAACAAACUCUCAGGACCAUUACCAAAGGCAAUCUCGAAGCUGCGCAAGCUGUUCAAGAUCGAGCUCUACCAGAACAAUCUAACUGGUGUGAUACCUCCUGAGCUAUCAGACCUCACUGAGCUCCGAGAGAUCGAUGUCUCCCGGAAUCAGAUCAGUGGGAGAAUUCCAGCUGAAGUCGGCAGUCUCAAGAAGCUCACAGUGAUCCAAUUAUACAGGAACGACUUCUGGGGUGAGCUCCCACGAGGCUUCGGUGACCUGCAGUUCCUCAGUGCAUUCUCUAUCUAUGAGAACAGAUUCUCCGGGGAGUUUCCUGCAAACUUUGGAAGAUUCUCACCUCUGAACAGCUUUGACAUCUCGGAGAACAACUUCUCCGGGCGGUUCCCCGGAUUCUUGUGCCAAAACAACAACCUGCAGUUCCUGCUUGCCCUCGAGAACAAGUUCUCAGGUGCAUUUCCGGAUUCAUAUGCUAACUGUAAGACUCUGCGUAGGUUCAGGAUCAGCCAGAAUAGCUUCUCGGGUAGGCUUCCGAAUGGGAUUUGGGGACUGCCAUUUGCGGUCAUCAUCGAUGUAUCGGACAAUGGGUUCACCGGAAGAAUACCUUCGGAGAUAGGGAAGUCCACCAGCUUGAGCCAGCUCUCUGUGCGGAACAACAAGCUAUCCGGUGAGAUUCCAGCUGAGAUUGGGAAGCUCUCACAGCUACAGAAGCUGUACGCAUCCAACAACUCCCUCUCAGGUCGCAUUCCAUCUGAAAUCGGCAGCCUGUACCAGUUGACAACUCUGCAUUUGCAAGACAACGAUCUUAGUGGAUCCAUACCAUCAGAACUUGGACUGUGCAGCAGGCUGGUGGAGAUAGAUCUUUCACAGAACACAUUGGGUGGUCGUAUUCCGGGAACACUGUCCCAGUUGGCAUCUCUCAACUCGAUAAACCUUUCGCGGAACUUGAUCACAGGUCCAAUUCCAGAUGGUUUGCAGUCUCUUAAGCUCAGCUCUAUCGAUUUCUCCGGUAACAAAUUAUCCGGAAGAGUUCCUCCCGGUCUUCUCGUGAUAGCUGGAGAAGAAGCAUUCUCUGGUAAUCCAGCACUCUGCAUCGAUGGGAGAUCAGGAAACAGAUGGGAUCCUGAAUUGGGAAUGUGCAGAGUAAGCAGCAAACACAGAUAUGUUUUCGGAAAUAGAAUGGUUUUCACAGCCCUUGUUUUCUCAGCACUGAUCAUAUUUCUAGCUGGACUAGUGUUGGUGAGUUACAGGAGCUUGAAGCUUGAUGAAUCCAUUAGAAAUAAGGAUCUUGAUGAGUGCAUGGAAGAUGAGCCGGAGUGGAAAAUUGAGUCAUUUUAUCCACUAGAACUGGAUGCAGAAGAGAUGUCGAAUUUGGAUGAAGAGCAUUUGAUUGGCAGUGGAAGCACUGGCAAAGUUUACAGAUUGGAUCUAAGGAACAGAAGCACGGUCGCCGUGAAGCAGCUGCUGAAGGGGAAUGAAGCUAGAGUUUUCAUGGCAGAAAUGAACAUACUAGGAAAGAUCAGGCACAGGAACAUACUGAAGCUUCAUGCUUGCUUGACAAGAGGGGAUCUUAGUCUCCUUGUGUUUGAGUUCAUGCCCAAUGGCAAUCUUUAUCACGCCCUUCGCCGCGAAGUAAAAGCUGGGGAGCCAGAGUUGGACUGGAACAAGCGCUACAAGAUUGCCAUGGGUGCAGCAAAGGGGAUUAUGUAUCUUCACCAUGACUGCUCCCCAGCCAUAAUUCACAGGGACAUAAAAUCCAACAACAUACUGCUUGAUGAGGACUAUGAAGCUAAAAUUGCCGACUUUGGGAUCGCGAAAAUAGCAGAGGAGUCAGAUUCAAGCUGUUUUGCUGGCACGCAUGGUUACAUCGCUCCCGAACUGGCAUAUUCAGUCAAGGUGACAGAAAAGAGUGAUGUGUAUAGCUUUGGUAUAGUCUUGCUUGAAUUGCUUACCGGGCAUGGACCUGUUGAGCCUCAGUACGGUGAAGGCAAAGACAUAGUCUACUGGGUUUCCACUCAUCUCAAUCAGCAAAAUGCUUCAGAGAUUUUGGACUCAAGAGUGUCAAGCCCUGCAGAAGAAUGCAUGAUGAAGGUUCUGAAGGUUGCAAUCCUGUGUACCACCAAGUUGCCAAAUCUAAGACCUACCAUGAGAGAGGUGGUCAAUAUGCUGAUCGAUGCAGAUCCUUGCAAUCUUGCUGCCAGGGAAAAGAACUACUACAAGAAUCUUUAGCUUCCAUGCCUCUGUGCCAUGACUAUGAGCUUUUAGAUCUGUUCAUGGCAGUUCAGAAACACCUGUCUUCCUUUCAAUCAGCAAGUCAAGGACACAACUAUUUCUUCAAAAGUCAAAAGAACAACAAGAACAAUCAUGGUUAGAAGUAUCUCAAUUGAAUGGUUCAGUUUAGUAAUAUGGUUCAGUAUGUGAAGUUUUCUUCGGUUUUGUUUAUCUGUGUAAUUAUAACAAAACUCCAAAAAAAAUUAUCCUGUAAUAAAUGAAUCUAUUAAUCUCUAGAUUUUGAUGCUAUAUUUUUUUCA